UGCAGUUGUGAAACGUGCGAUGCGGCAUACGGAUGUUCAACGAAAAGCAGUGAUUUUAAAGAAUUUGUUUAGGGAAGUAGAGAAAUUGUGAAAUUAUUUUGAGAAACAUUUUAUGUGUGGCAAAGGUGUGAAAGCUUGAAACUGAGAUUUAAACGAUCAGCGUAUUUUGCUGUGAAAGCUCUGUUUAAGCAGUGAAAGUUCUCAGCGCACGAAAUUACAUUAGUUUUUGUGCCUCUACACAUAAGUUGGCAAUGGAUAAAGUCAAUUUUAGCAAAUGUCCGCUAAAAAAGCGUCCAAUUCUGAUGUUGACGGUGGAAGAGCGGAAAUGGCAGCAGCAACCAGAACGCGUGGAUUAUUUGGAUCAAGAUGAGGGACCCGUUGAUCUCAGUCUCGCAGCUAGCGCAGCGCCUACACAUAAGCCGAGAAUUUCACCAGCGCCAACGCCAUACACCGCGCCCAUUCUGUGGCCUGAUAAUUCCGAACCAACACCGCUACCCACACCACCGCCUUCGGAAAACUCCGCCGCUCCUAUGACACAAAACAAAGAGGAGCUCGCGCGGCGCAUUUGGGAGGAGACACGCGAGAUUGCGCGCGCCUUCCCCGAAGUUUUCACGCGUGAGGAAAUCGCACGCAGCUUAGCGCGUUUGGGUUACGGUGAUUUUCCGCUGCCAAUAGAGGAUGAAGUAUGUAGCGAUAAGGGGUUGCCGAAGCCGGAGCUAGAAGAGCGACAACAACAGCAGUACGAUGGCAUAACGCCGCCGCUGCCGCCUGUAACAGCGCAAGCGCUAGAUACAGCAUUUAUGGGCCGCGAGAUCAAGCAAGAGGUGGACAUCGAUAAUUAUGCGCCUGCGCAGGAAUUUAGAAACUUUAACAAUAAUCUGCUGAAAAGUAUUGCUGAGUAUGAAGACUGCAUGCAGCCGCAGGCUUAUGGCAUACAAGCAGAACAGCGGCGCAUAUCACCGGCGCCAUUGCUUGCGGCACCACAGCAUACAGAAGCGGCGGACAGUUUCUAUUAUGACGGGGAGCGGCGCGAUUUCGAGCCACAGGAUUUGAGCGUGAAAAACGAUUUUCCCGCGCGAGGCGUGCUCCGCGAAAAUAUAAACUUGCAUAAUGUGGCGCGCGCUUUGCUUAGCAUGCAGCAGAUGAGUAGCAGUAACAAUAGUAACAACAACAACAACAACCCGAUGCACGCGCCCGACAUGCAAGAGGAGCGACUCGCGGCAAACUCGCCAAAUGCGCCGAACACUUUAAAAAUAAAAACCAACAACGAUCUCUACUAUCAAUGCCAGCAAUGCAACAAAUGCUACUCCACCUACGCCGGGCUGGUGAAACAUCAGCAAACGCACGCAUUUGAGAGCACCGAUUACAAGAUCAUACGCAGCUCGGGGAACGCUGAAGCGCUGGGCGCGCUGGAAGCAGCUGGCGAGUUUUCCAGCGACAAGGCCGCCGCGCUCAUACAUUCCUCCAGCGUUGCAUCCGCGCAGUCAGCGCAAAAGCCGGUCGGCGUUCCACGCUACCACUGCAAGGACUGCGGCAAAUCCUACUCCACAUACUCUGGGCUGAGCAAGCAUCAGCAAUUUCACUGCCCCGCAGCCGAGGGUAAUCAAGUGAAAAAGGUUUUCAACUGCAAGAACUGCGAUAAGACUUACGUCUCGCUGGGGGCGCUCAAGAUGCACAUACGUACACAUACGCUACCCUGUAAAUGCCCUAUUUGCGGCAAGGCCUUCUCGCGCCCCUGGCUACUGCAGGGUCAUAUACGCACACACACCGGCGAAAAGCCAUUCAGCUGCCAGCAUUGUAAUCGCGCAUUCGCCGAUCGUUCAAAUUUGCGCGCGCACAUGCAAACGCAUUCGGAUGUGAAGAAGUAUUCAUGUCCGUCGUGCACCAAGUCAUUUUCGCGCAUCUCACUGCUGGGUAAGCACUUGCAGGGCGGUUGUCAGCAGUCGCCCAAUUCAGCAUCACCAACAUCGUCGACGGAAAAUUUGGUGGCGGCGGCGGCGGCGACGUCGUCGACAAGAAUCUCCGGCACGAUGAUCAACGGUGAGGGCGGUUUCAGUCAACAGCAGCUGCAGCAACACAUGCAACGGCUGCAACAAGGCGCUUACAAUGAUGAAAAUGUGCCAGGCGAACGCCAGCAGCCGCAGUUCAAUGCUGCGCCCACAUACUACUACACCGACAGCUUGGGUAGUGGCAGCGGUGGCGAUGAAGAUGAGUUGGAAGAGAUGCAUUACGGCGCCGCAGAGAUGGCGAUACAAGCGCAACACCAGCAGCAACAAAUGUCGGCGCUAAUGGCGACGCAUAUGGGUGAAUAUUAAAUAAGUAUAUGAACUGGAGAGUUGACUGGAUAUUCAAGUAUUCAAAAGCGAUACUCAUAAUUUAGUUUUAGUUGUAAUUAUAAAAGAUUUUAUCUAACACAAGUUAGGAACUCAGGAACUCGCUCGUAGGCUUAUUCGGGGAUACCAAAAAGUAUGCAACAGUGCCAAAAAUUAGUGAUAGGGAAAACAGAUUAGGGUAGUGAAUAGGGUAGUGAGACACACUUGGUAUUUGGUAUUUGGUAUGUAU